AUGGCAUUCAACAUUGACAGGAGCAACACAGAUCCUUUCUACCGCUAUAAGAUGCCUCGGCUCAUAGCCAAGGUGGAGGGAAAAGGAAAUGGUAUUAAAACUGUGAUUGUCAAUAUGACAGAAGUGGCUAAAGCAUUGUCCAGGCCUCCAACAUAUCCUACCAAGUACUUCGGCUGUGAGUUGGGGGCUCAGACCCUGUUUGACGCUAAAAAUGAUCGCUACAUUGUAAAUGGCUCACACAUGGAUGAGAAGCUGCAGACUUUACUUGAUGGUUUUAUCAAGAAGUUUGUCCUCUGCCCAGAAUGCUCCAACCCGGAGACUAAUCUGGUUUUAUUCCAUGCAAAACGGGGCACGAUCAUGCAGCGUUGCAUUGCUUGUGGUUAUAAUGGCUCAGUAGACAUGAGGCACAAGCUUACCACGUUUAUUCUCAAAAAUCCCCCAGACCAGGAUCCUGCUGCUGUGGCUGCUACUCCCAGCAAAGGCAAGAAAAGCAAGAGGGAAAAGGGCAAGAAGGAGGAUGAGGAGAAAGAGAAGGAACGAGGCAGUCCAGAAUCUACUCCUACUUCAGGACAGGAGCAGAUGGCUGAUUUGAGGGAAUCUGGGCACAUGAUAAGUGUACCGCUGUCGAAAAAUACAGGUGGGGGUGAUGAUGACGAUGAAGACUGGGGAGAUGAAAUAACCGAAGAAGCUGUCAGUAAGAGAAUCGGAGAACUGUCAGAUGCUGCCCGGGGUUUAACUUUUACAGAUGACCUGGAGAAGUCUGCAGAGGAACGUCUCAACAUCAUUUAUGAAACUAUUAAGAUCAAGCGAGAUGAGGGUGAAUUGGUGAAGCCAGCAGUUGUCAAAGGCCUGUUUGCUGAAGCUGAGAGACUGGAAGUGAAUGAUAAAGUUCCCCUGGUCUUGGUAGAGCUGCUUCUCAAUGACAAAGUCCUUCUUCAGCUGCAGAAAUAUAAAAAUCUGUUUCUCAGGUUUUGUGCCCAGAACCAAAAGGCACAGAAAUCUUUAUUGGGUGGAUUGGAGAUACUGCUAGCCAAGGAGUAUCCUGAACUGAUGGCAAAAACGAGCCACAUCCUGAAAGCACUUUAUGAUCUGGACAUUUUAGAGGAGGCGGUCAUCCUUGAGUGGGCCAAGAAGCCAUCUAAAAAAUAUGUGAGUAAAGAGCAGUGCACUCAGAUCCAAAAGGAGGCACAUGCUUUUGUCACUUGGCUAGAGCAAGCAGAGGAAGAGUCUGAUGAAGAGGAAGAAGAGGGGGAUGAUGAGAUAAUUUAUUCAAACACUCAGAAAGCUACAGAAAUCACUGUGGAGCCUUUGAAGAGCCCGGCAUCCAGCAACCCAGCUGUCAAUGGCGAGAAGAAGACUGCCAGCGCUGUUGCUGUAGAUAAGAACAAUGAUGACGACGAUGAUAUUGACAUUGAUGACAUAUAA